CCAGCUGCGGCUCGCUGGGGCUUCACUGACUUCCUUGUUGGGAGCCCCGGUCCGGCUGCGUCCAGACUCGUAGCCUCGUUGUCCUCACUGGGACCGCUGCACCCCGAGUCUAGCCGCUCUUCGGCCCGUCGGCCCGUCGGCCCCCCACCUCUCAGCAUAGGGUCUGAGCCCGCAGUCUCUUAACAUGCCCACCCCCCGCAGCACCUCCACUUCUAACGCCCUCCCCGAGGAGGUUAGGAACCUGUUGGCAGAUGUUGAGACAUUUGUAGCAGACAUAUUGAAAGGGGAAAAUUUGUCCAAGAAAGCAAAGGAAAAGAGAGAGUCUCUUAUUAAGAAGAUAAAAGAUGUGAAGUCUAUGUAUCUUUUGGAAUUUCAAGACAAAGGUGAUACAGAAGAUGGAGAAGAAUACGAUGACCCAUUUUCUGGGAAUCUAGAUACUAUUUCAUUGGCAUCAGAAAGAUAUGAUAAAGAUGAUGAUGGCCCCUCUGAUGGAAACCAGUUUCCUCCAAUUGCAGCCCAGGACCUUCCUUUCGUUUUAAAGGCUGGUUACCUUGAAAAACGCAGAAAAGAUCACAGCUUUCUGGGAUUUGAAUGGCAGAAACGGUGGUGUGCACUCAGUAAAACCGUAUUCUAUUAUUAUGGGAGUGAUAAAGACAAACAGCAGAAAGGUGAAUUUGCAAUAGAUGGCUACGGCGUCAGAAUGAAUAACACUCUUCGGAAGGAUGCAAAGAAAGAUUGCUGUUUUGAAAUCUCAGCUCCAGAUAAACGUGUCUAUCAGUUUACAGCAGCUUCUCCCAAAGAUGCUGAAGAAUGGGUUCAGCAGCUGAAAUUUGUAUUACAAGAUAUGGGGUCUGAUAUUAUUCCUGAAGAUGAUGACGAAAGAGGAGAAUUAUAUGAUGAUGUUGAUCAUCCUCUACCAGGUAGUAGAGCACCUGCCCUCAGUCAACCAAUUGAUGAAGAAAUUUAUGAAGAACUUCCAGAAGAGGAAGAAGACAGCACCCCCGUGAGAGUGGAGAAACCUCGGACAACGAGUCAGGACAGUGGCCCUCACCCCACAGGAGAUAAAAGCACCGAUUAUGCAAAUUUUUACCAAGGUUUGUGGGACUGCACAGGAUCACUCUCUGAUGAGUUAUCAUUUAAACGUGGUGAUAUGAUUUAUAUUCUUAGCAAGGAAUACAAUAGAUAUGGCUGGUGGGUAGGAGAAAUGAAAGGAGCCAUUGGCUUGGUGCCGAAAACCUACAUAAUGGAGAUGUAUGAUAUUUGAGAGUCCUGGGUGGACAAAAUAAAUCAACAAUUGGAUUAAAGAGGAAAAAUUCAAAUGCAACAAGCAACCUUCCUCUUCUGUCUGAAGGAAAGGAACCUCCCACUCACCCAAAGUUUUCUUAGUGAACAUGAAGUCCAGUGGUGGUUUUUGGCCUUUUUUAGUGUUGCUGAGCACUGUUUCUCUUUGACUAUGACUUUCUGCAAUUAUUCUAAUACUCCUCCAAUGUGAAAUUACACAAAGGGUCUUAUGUAUGUCAGAUACAAACAGUAAAGCUAUACCUGUUGCUAUUUGAUAAAGAAAUUAUCUUUAUUUAGUCAUUUGAUUUGUGUAAAAAAUUCUGCUCUAUUUUUAUAUAUUCCUUGUAAUAGCUGCUGCUUCUAGGAUGAGUUGUAAUUUUCUUAAUAAUGAAAUCAGUUAUUUUUUUAGAAUAUAAUAGCUCCUUUAAAGAAAUUUUGUAUCGAGUUUAGCUUGCAAGUUCUUGCUAGAGAUCACUGAAAGAAGGUUUUAUCACAACUUCAGCUUGAUUUUUCUUGCCAUUAAUUGCUUACACUGAAUAAUAACAUGUUUUUAUGAAAGAACUUUAACUGUUGUUGAUGAACAACAAACUGAUGUUAUAUGAUGAAUGCUCAGGAAAAACAGAAACAGAUUCGGGGAUGCAGUGAGGUUUGCUCAAAGCUGGCUCAAAGCCUCAGAGCAGGGUUUGUGUAAAGCUCUUCAUCAGUAACAAAGGUUCUACAUAGAUAACAGGCUGGCCCACAUUUUCUUCCGUAAUUUGAACGUAUAAUUAUCCAAAAAUCAAACCAAAAUUGUUUUGUGAAAAACUUUGUUCUGCCACUCAUAUAAUGGUGUGAAGAAGCUGAGCCGAUUCUCAAAGUAUUAAAGCAACAACAACAACUAAACAUUUUAUUAGCUUGCCAGUCCAAUCACCAAACUGUAGAACUCUGAGAUGGAUCUCCAUACUUUUCAAAGCACUGAAGACAAGGCAGGUGCUAGGAGAAGAGUGAAGAAAGCAAGGGGCCAGAGACACCACAUUGUGCAGACGCUGAUACUGUCCAGAUAGCCACUUCUCCUUUCACUUGAAAUCAGACAGAGUUUAAAUGCCCCUGCGGUGCCAGUCUGGACACACAGGUCUCAAAGUGUUUGCUUAUUAGAUAAUUAGUUAAAGUGCAUUUAUCUCCUAAACUGAGCCAUUUGUUGGAGCUUUUUACCUUGGUUGAACGUUUUGUUUUAUAAAGUUUUUAAUCCUGCGUGUCCAUGAUUAUUAUAUGCACACUCAUGCUGUUACCCUGAAAUACUGUAAUGAAUUUCUGAUUUCAAAUAGAAAAUUUAUAAAUGUGAAGUUUAUUAUAUAUGUAAUAACUUUAAGAAUUAUUGAAAAACUCAGCGAAAUGUGGGUCAAUUAAGGCUGCCAGAAAUGAAUCCAUGCACGUGUUCAUCUUUUUCGAAUAUGAAGCCAGUGAAAUAGUUUUGGCAUCAUCUUGAGAAAUAGUUAAGCAAGCAGAGAGGAAUUUACUAAACUGGUUUUUAAAACUGGAGAGAGGUUAAAAUCCGUUCCUACUUAAGACCUGUGAUUCCUGGUGUAAGCGAAGAUUCUAGAUGAGCCAGUAGGUGGCAGCAACUUUUCAGGGCAGCGGUGGACCACUGGCAUCCCUCCCCCCACUCAGGCACCUACUCCCACAAUGUAAAAAGCAUUUGGAAGAUUGCUCUCUCCUUUUACAGUUAAUCCAGGAGAGGGAGUCCUUUGCCAACGGAUGGCCAACAAUACAGAGUCAGUGAGUCCCUGUGAAAGGUGACAAUCCAGAAAUAAAAGUGUCAAUUUAGGCUCCUCUGGCCUUUUGUUCUUUCUUUAACUUAAGUAUAGAAGAGGAGAGGAGAGAAGAAAACAAUGGGAGUGAUGGGAAAAAUAAUAAUGACUUUCCAUUCAUGACAACUCUGUUUUUUAUUCAUUUGGUGAAAUCAUUGUAAACUACCAGGGAAAAAGUUUCUUUUACACCCUAGGCAAUAUAUCACACACUCCUCAAGUUCAUAAUAAUAUCAUUAACGUGGAUUCAAACAACACGGCUUGUUAGAAAAUAUGCUAAUUGUUAUGUUCUCAUUAUGUUUGCUUAGCUCUUAUUUGUUUUUCUAUGAACAGAGAGCUAAUUUUUUCAAAGGUGAUUGUAAGUCAUAUUUUAUAUAGCAUUUUGCUUGAUUAUUUGCUCUGUACUGAAUUUGUACUCUAUUGCCAUUAGAUCUUACAAUAAUGUUCCACUCUGCAAAUUUUUAAGGUUCAAAUAAAGUUUAAUUGUUUGCAAA